GUUUGCUGCGCUUGGAGAUUUGGAUACAGAGGCAUCUUGGCCGCACCUUUGGCAUCUUGCAUUAGCGUUAGUCCUGCGUAGACGCAGAAUGAUAGAGUAUGUUCCGACUCGAAAAAUUCCUCAAAUCCUUCUAUUCAAAUCAUGGUAUCUCCGCGUGUCAGCCCUCCGCGAUCCAGUCCCACUCCUUCUGCAUAUCAGCUACAAGCCCCCAUCCGGGAUCUCUCACGCCCUUGAACUUCACCAGCGCCUUGUUUAUUGGCACACCAUACAACCUCACGAAAACACCGCCGCGCGCCCGGAACAUGAUCUUCCCUUCGCCUGCGAACACCCUGAUGAUCCUUGCGUCCUGUGUGUCCCGCAACCGCCACUCGAGAUCGAAGGGAAUGCUGAGAUGACCCAGGCGCAUGGGACUCUCCUUCAGACGGAAGUAUCCAUCGCAAACAGAUUUCGGUCCGUCGCUUGGGCAUCGAGCGGGUACUGCAGUUUGCUCGAAGAUGACCCACCACGUUUCGCUCUUCGGACUGCUGGUCACCGUGAGAGUGCAGACAUGCUGCCCCGACUUAUGUUGAACCGUGCUGCUAUACGUGCCGGUAAGCGGACGGCUCAUGCCAGGAAACGGGAUGUAGUCCCCAUUGCAAGACACCUUUGGCAGCGCCGUCAGAAUGUACCGCAUACCACCAUCGCCUUGUGGGCAAGACGCGUCGGGCGCCUUGAGCUUGGAAUUCGCCGCUUCCCAGCGACGCCUCAGAUCCCUCUCGAUGUCCUGGAUAUCCAACGGUACCUCGAGACCAUCGAGCUCCAGAGCGACUCGCAGACGGUGCUUCGCGAGAUCGACGUGCGACGUGGCCAAGAAGCCGUAGUGCAUGAGCUGGGCGCGCCAGAAAAGCGGCAUGUUUGGGAGGUGAUUGCCGCACAGAAGGCCGGCGAUCAUUCGUGGGGCGGCGCGUGGCUAACUGCGACCACCCUCGCCGGGCUGGGCGUUGAAGGUGCCGGUGUAUUCGAAUGGCGUGGGUUGCUCUGCUGCUUCGAAGGACGGGUCAGAGGAGGGUUCCAUACUGCUAAGAAUAAGUGUCCAGCUGUCGAGCUUGAAGGAAGAUUGUCGGGUUAUUGGGGACGUGAUCUGAUCUAUGCUAGGCUUGUUGUUAUCGUCCCCAGGUGGCAGUAGCGAGAAGACACUGAGCAGGAGCGAUGGCUGCCCGAAUAGCAAAGCUAUGCGUGAGAUUGGCCGUGAACAUUACGAAUCGUUUUGGUAUUCUACAACCAUGACCCGAACUCUGGUAGACCACUUGCCCAUCGUGGCAGCGUUGUGUGUAUGUAAGAGUUACACAGAGGAAGGAGCCUCUGAUGUGAUCGAAAAGUAAGCCACAAGAGGUCAAUAUCCGGAGGCCUUUGGGGUAAACGUAGGUGAGAAUAGAAGCCAAUAAAACAGUCCAAAUACUACACUCUUUGCCGAAUAACAAACACUAUAGCAAUCAAGCCUCACAGUAAAACACAGGUAAGAGUACCACAGGCUGAGACAAGAGUUUGCCUGCAUGCCAUUCGUCGGCAUUUGGCCGGUUCCGGUCGGUGGUUGGUUUGUCUCUAUUUAGCGUAUCCGAAAUAACAGACUUCAUUGUGGGUGAGCAGGC